AUGAGGUUUAAAUCACACGAAUCCAAUAAAUAUUUACAAGAAUCAUGGGACAAAGCAAACCACGAUAACAAGAUAGAUUUAUUAUCAUAUAUUAAAAUGAUUAUCAUAUUAUUAACUUCUGAAAAAUUAUAUAAUUUAGAAACUGUUGUACUUAUAGAGGAGAAAACAGCACAACCAAACCUUACAAGCGGUAAAAUUUCAAUUUUAAAAGAAUUAAAACCACAAUACGACGAAUUAAAACAAGAACAAAUUAAAUCUUCAAAACAACCACAACAACCACAAGAACAAUCCAAAGAAACUAAACAAUCAUCAUCUUCAACCCCAACUACAACUACAACUUUAGGAAGUUUAAUUCCAAAUACUGCAAAACCAUGGCAAAAAAUAUAG